UUACGUAUGUGACCAUAAGGACCGAGGUCUUUAUAAAAACCGCACGUUUCUCUCAAGUUUUCUUGUAAUUUCACACAACACCAUGAGGAGAGCUGAUUUAUUUCUACUGCUGACGGGUAUCUUGGCCAAUGGACAAGAGUUGCACUGGGAAAACGGUUAUGACCAGUCUCUAGAAUUUAAGUGCCCUGCAGGACAGUCGAUAUCCUACAUAAAGAUCCAACACGACAACCAUCAUGAGGAACGGAUGUGGGAGUUCGGCUGUAAAAACACCUUUAACUCUGGUACAGACUGUUUCUUGUCACCUUACGUCAAUGAUUCUGACCAAACGUUCACCUACGAGUGUCCACCGCACCACAUCAUCACAGGAAUGAGCAGCUACCACAGCAACAAGCAUGAGGACAGCCGCUGGCAGUUUUACUGCUGUAGAAGUAACGGCCAGUGUAUUGCUAACUGUGAGUGGACUACCGAUGUGAACUGUUUUGAUGAGUUCUUCCACUGGACCGUACCAAACCAAAACUACCUGGUGGGUGCUGAAAGCUACCAUGAAAAUAAACACGAAAACCGGCGCUGGAAGUACAAGUAUUGCAGUAAAGUACAAUGCUGAGACUCUGGAAAAUUCCCUCAAAUGCAAAUAAUCUCGAAUCUGAAAUAAACGCAAGAUGAAAAUUUAA